CAAAUCGUUCGCAAUUAAGAAGCAAAAGCGCUGUGCUGUGACCGGUGAAUUACACACGUGCGCGCGCGUUUCUCGCUAAACGAACGUUUAAAAGUGGAAAUUUCGUUCGCUUUUGAGGAAACCCAACCUCAAAUGGAUUCUCAAAACAAUACAGUGGACGAAGAAACCAACAUGGUUUCCGAAAAGGCCGCGGCGCAUAUCGUGCCGUACUGUCAGGCCGCUACUUCCACGAUCGUGCGCGUCAAUCAAAACAAAGUGCUCGGCUCCCAGGUCCAGGAGGAGCUGGAAAUAAACAUGUUGGUCCGGAAGCACCAGGAUGCGAACGAUCGCAUCGCGGCGCUCCUAAAACGGAUCGAGACGUCGAGCGCCGCCUCGAAGACGCUCGAGUCUCGGCGUUCCACUUUCGCGCAGCACCAGCCUCAAACGCGCAUGCGCGUCACUCGCACCGGCGAGCUUAUGAAGCUGGUGAAGAACGAGGUGGAAACGUUGAAGAGGGACGCGUCCGAGGCGGCCGAGAAAGUGGGCGUGGUCGCCAGAGAACUGGGCAACUUCAGGUCGCUGACGACCACGACCGAGGAGAAUAAAAAGAGGUUCAUAGAGUUGGCGAGGAGGACGGAGAAGGGGUUGCAGGAAUUGAAGAAUCAGAAAGUGGAGAUCGAGGAUGAUAACCUGGUCGGGCGCAACGCCGACUUGGAGCGAGCGAUCAAAUCGAAACUGGAGGUCUUGGAGGAGAAAAGACGAAGGAUACCGAAGGUAUCUAGACUGACGGGCGAGAAGAUCGGGAGGUUGGAGGCGAUCUGCGCCGAAUCGGCGGAGCUGGAGGAGGCGCGGCGCCGUUUGGAGGGUUCAAGACGCGACCUUGAGGAACGGCGCCUAGAAGCGAAGCAGGAGAUUGAAAUAUUAGAGGGAAGGAUCGAAGAACUUUCGGCGAAGAAAACCGCCUCGGAGCAGGACGAGGCCCGUUCGAGGUCCUCCAACAACGAAUUGGAGGCGAAAAUGGAGGUGGCGAGGGAGGAAAUCCGUAACCGGGAAAGGGAAUUGGUCGCCGUGACUGUCGGCUUGGAAGCGGAGCAGAGGAAGGUGGAGGAGAGGAAGGAGAAGCUCAGAAUCGAACUCGAGUCCGACAGGGACACUUUCGCCGCAGAAGGGGAGAAUUUGCGGAAAGUCCGCGAGGAAAACGCGCGGCUGAAGCAGGUGCGCACGGAAAGAUGCGCCACGCUGCUGCGCGUCAAAACGGAACUCGACGAAUGUCGGUCGUUCGUUUCCGACGCGGAAACCCGCGUCGCCGAGCGUCGCGAGCGCCUGGAGGCGCUCAGGGCGAAGGCGCCGCCCUUGGACCUCCUCCUCGACGACCUCAAAUCGAGGCUCGCCGACUUCGACGAGUCCGUUGCCGAGUCGACUCGCAAACUCGAUUCUUUUCCUUCCGAAUCCGCCAGGCGAACGGAGGAGGCGCGGAAGCGGCUCGAGGAGGUCGACGAGAAGCUGUCGAAACGGCUAGAGCUGCUGCGCGCGUCCUCCGAAAUCCUGCAGGAUCGUCUGCGGACCGUUUCGGAAGAGUGGGAGUUGGUGCGCGUCGAGAACGAGCUGCUCGACGAGCAGCUCCGGACUGAGAACGUCAACUUGGAGAGGAAACUUGAUUCGCUGGCCGCGCUCCAGAAGGAGGUCGCGGAUUUGCGCGACACGCACCGACCUCUUGCGGAUGGGCGACGCUCGCCUGGCAUACUGAAGCACGGCAAAAGCCCGAAGAAGCAGCCAGUUACGUCGCCCAAGAAGGUGACGUUCGAGGGCUUGUCGUCGACGCAGUCGACCAACGAGACGGUCGAAAGCGAGGACUCGCGAACGCGUGGCUUGUUCGCCGAUUGGACACUCGGAAUCAUGCCGCAGCCCAAAAAACCCGCCAAGAAAAUUUUCGAUUUUUAAUUUCGUUUAGUAUGUGUUUAAAAGUUUCUUUCGUUUUGCUUAAAAUCGGUCUUUUAAUUAUUCCCGGAAGGGAUAAUGUUCACAGCGCGCCAUCUGUACUGGCCGGGUUAAUGCAAGGCGCCAUCUAUCAGUCAGUAGAUUUAUAAUUUUUUUACUAGAAUUCUAACAUUUAAUGUGUGAAUUGUAAAAUGUGCAAAAAAAAUAAUUUACGUCGAAACAGCUUAAAAUUUUUUUUUACUAAAAUAUAAAUAAAGUGCUGCUAUCCGUUACAAGCUCCUAUAGUAUUUUCCGUAUGACGCAUUACUUUAAACUGCCAUGACAGUACUGUAGUACUUGGACACAAAUAAAAGAUGGCAUUCGUAAAAGUAUACGCGCCCUUGGCCUCUAUCUUAUACUCUUUGGUGUGUUCCAAUCGUUAUAAAUAAAGAUUUUUUUUAUUUUGCUUAAAAUCCGCCUUUUAAUUUUACUCGGAAGCGGUAAUGUCCACAGCGCGCCAUCUGUCGCGCGAAAGCGUAAGUACCGACCGGGUUAAUGCAAGGCGCCAUCUAUCGGUGAGUAGAUUUAUAAUUUUUGACUAGAGUUCUAACAAAGACAUUUAAUCCCAUUAAUAAACUUUAAAGCGUAGGCACUGUUGUAGUAAUACGAUAAGAUUCGAAAAUAAAGAAUAAAAGAUCUUCUUCUUUUUCUUGUAUCAGCUUCUCCUUUGGGGGUUUCGAUUUCAAUCCCUUAUAACGUUAUAAAUUGUGACUAUAUCGGUCUGACUUUAAUUUGUAAAGUUUGACGUGACGAUAGUCUUCAACCCACGUUACAAAUUAUUUAAUUAAAGCAUAUUAUUAGAAUUUACUUUUGGUAUUACCUUU